ACCACUCACUGACCUGCGAGCAGGCUGACGGCGCGGCGGGACGGGAGGGCCGGGCCAGAGGCGCCAUGUCUGACUACGAGAACGAGGACGAGUGCUGGAGCGCCCUGGAGGGCUUCCGCGUGAAGCUCAUCUCCAUCAUUGACCCCUCGCGCAUCACCCCCUACCUGCGGCAGUGCAAGGUUCUGAACCCCGACGACGAGGAGCAGGUGCUCAGCGACCCCAACCUGGUCAUCCGCAAGCGGAAAGUGGGCGCGCUCCUGGACAUCCUGCAGCGCACCGGCCACAAGGGCUACGUGGCCUUCCUCGAGAGCCUGGAGCUCUACUACCCGCAGCUCUACAAGAAGGUCACGGGCAAGGAGCCCGCCCGCGUCUUCUCCAUGAUCAUCGAUGCCUCCGGGGAGUCUGGCCUGACGCAGCUGCUGAUGAGCGAGGUGAUGAAGCUGCAGAAGAAGGUGCAGGACCUGACGGCGCUGCUGAGCUCCAAGGACGACUUCAUUAAGGAGCUGCGCGUCAAGGACAGCCUGCUGCGCCAGCACCAGGAGCGCGUGCAGAGGCUCAGGGAGGAGGCCGAGGCCUGCGGCCGCGAGCUCAGGCGCUGCAAGGACGAGAACUACGACCUGGCCGUGCGCCUGGCCCGCCAGAGCGAGGAGAAGGGCGCAGCGCUCAUGCGAAACCGCGACCUGCAGCUGGAGAUCGACCGGCUCAAGCACAGCCUCAUGAGGGCGGAGGACGACUGCACCGUGGAGCGCAAGCACACGCUGAAGCUCAGGCGCGCCAUGGAGCAGCGGCCCAGCCAGGAGCUGCUGUGGGAGCUGCAGCAGGAGAAGGCGCUGCUGCAGGCCCGCGUGCAGGAGCUGGAGGUCUCCGCCCAGGAGCGGAGGCUGGACAAGAGCCGCCCCUACGUCCAGGUGCCGGAGGAGGACUGGCGGCAGGCGCUGCGGGACCACCAGGCGCAGGUCAGCACCAUCUUCUCGCUGCGCAAGGACCUGCGCCAGGCAGAGGCCCUGCGCGCCCGGUGCCUGGAGGAGAAGGAGAUGUUCGAGCUGCAGUGCCUGGCCCUGCGGAAGGACUCCAAGAUGUACAAGGACCGCAUCGAGGCCAUCCUGCAGCAGAUGGAAGAGGUGGCUGUGGAGCGCGACCAGGCCAUUGCAGCACGGGAGGAGCUGCACGCGCAGCACGCCAGGGGCCUGCAGGAGAAGGACGAGCUGCGCAAGCAGGUCCGCGAGCUGGGCGAGAAAGCGGACGAGCUGCAGCUGCAGCUGUUCCAGCGCGAGGGCCAGCUGCUGGCCGCGGAGGGCAGGCUCAGGCAACAGCAGCUGGAGAUGCUCGUCCUGAGCUCCGACCUGGAGGACAGCUCGUGCAGGCACUCCCAGGAGCUCUCACCCCCCCAGGACCUGGAGGACGCCCAGCUCUCGGACAAGGGUGCCCCAGCUGACAGGGAGAGCCCGGAGCAGCCCUUUGUGGCUCUGCAGAAGGAGCGGCUGUCACUGACCUCCAACGAUGCAGGCGUGGCAGGCGGGGAGCCCCCGGAGAAGGAGCGGCGGCGCCUCAAGGAGAGCUUCGAGAACUACCGCAGGAAGCGGGCGCUCAGGAAGCUGCAGCACGGCUCGCGGCAGGGCGAGGCGGACAGGGAGAACACCACCGGCAGCGACAACACGGACACCGAGGGCUCCUAGCGAGCUGCGGGCUCGGCCCC